AUGGAGAACUGGCGCCCCCUCAGAAAUUUUCCCGAUCGACUUGUUGGCAAAAAGGACAUCGGCCGCGGAUAUCCUCUUGGAGAUGAUGGCAGCGUAGAGUUCGGUCCCUGUGCCGGCCAAACGGGCCUCAAUGGCAUUGGCAAAGUAAUGGGCGAGCCUCUCUGUGCCGUCACCGCGUGGGGAGGAGUGCCGCCUCACCCGAGAGAGCAACUCGUUGGCUGUCCGGAUGCCGAUGCGGCCUGUGCGCACUGCACUAAGAGGCUUGUGAGGUCAACCGUGUCACAGGCGAUGCUCCCGUGUUUCUUCUUGCCUUCUUUUCUCGGCCGUCCUCUCUUUGGUCUUUCCUUGAAAAUUGGUGAUUUCUUAUUCGAGUGGGAAUGGGAUGGUAGCUGCAGCGUGCGGUCCGUGGUGGAACACAGCAGCACAUUGUCGUACAUCUCUAGCGGUUCGGGUUCGUCUGCACUGCUGCUCGCGAAUAGCUUGUUGCUUGGUUGA